AUGGAUGAAUCUAUGAAGCCAAUCAAGGACAAGCAGUUGAUCAUUGACCUGAUAAGUCCGACAAAUAUGACUGUAGGCAGGGUUUACUUUGAACCUGGGGGAAGUAAAAAUGGUUUCUACAAGGGAGAGUUUCAACUUCCGCCGUUUCCGGAUUUUGGAACAUGGAUCAUCAAAGCUAAGCUCGGAGGAAAGUUGGAGACAUAUGGCAUUUGUCCUAUUGAAGUACGCGAGUUUGUUCUUCCCAACUUCGGUGUAGAGAUUUCAACUGGACAGGAGUACAUAUUUCCGGACGUGAUUAAUAUGGGUGUUACAGUAUCAGCAAAAUAUGUCUACGGCAAGCCUGUUGAAGGGAAUGCAGGACUCGAGAUUAACGUCCGAAAAAAGGGUUACGUGUCAGACCCGAAGCGUAUUUUUACGAUGGGGAGACAACAGCUAAACAACGGCAAGGCAUUCUUUGCGGUCGAUAUAAAGAAGAUGCAAGGUCUAGGAGGACAGUUUCCGAUGGACAGCGUCUUCGAGUUGUCAUCAACAGUUUAUGAGACAGCAACAGGAAAGGAAGAGUCGGGAGCCGAUGAUUCAGUGAUGUUUGUCAACUGUCCUUUCAAGUUUGAUUUAUCGCGUUCGAAGACUACACACCGAAAAGGCCUCUCAUACUUCAUGCAGAUUUACAUGCUACAUGCUAACGGUAAACCGGCCAUUCGGGAGAGGUUUAGUCUAACAAUCGACGGAAGCAGUCCAGAACAACAUCGGACGAACAAAGAUGGUUAUUACCUGGCUCAUAUCCACGCUGUAAACCAGAAUUUGGAGCGCAGGAAAAUAAAGGUAUAUGCUCCAGCGUUUGAAAACUGUGCAACAGAGAUAGUCCUUCAGCCAUAUACGGGUGUCAGUCAGAUUGUAGUGGAAAAAGUAGAAAGAGAAGGCGCAUCGUUCAUUCAAGCCUACACCGACAUCAACAUGAACCAAGUGGCCCAAUGUUCAGGCAUACUCAUGCUGAUAACAGCUCGCGGUAAGAUUGUGAAGACAAAGUACUUUCCACCUUCCAAGGAUGUCUCUUUUAAAUUAGAAACGGAUGUUGUAAACAAGGUGUCACCCGUUGGCCGAGUGUUUGCCUUUUAUGUACACAACGCACAACUAGUAGCAGACUCGUCUAUUUUUCAUGUAGAUUCUAAAUGCCGAGAACAGCUAGAGCUCCAUCCGGAGAAACUCGAGGUGAGAGCAGGUAGAGUUUCCAAACUUACUGUCACCGGGCCAUCCGGAAUGUGGGUGGGAUUCAACGUCAUCGACAAGGCGUUGCUGUUAUUUAACAACAAAAACGUUCUAAGGGAAAAUACGUUAUUCAGGAAUAUGGCAGCUCACGACCUCGGUUGUGGCGCUGGGGGUGGCACGAACAGCGAAGAAAUAUUCAAGAACGCGGGUCUUACGAUUCUAACAAACGCAAAUGUGAACGAAGAACGUAUCCAAAGGGAGACUGCUGAGUGUGCCGCAAAGAAACUGAAACGACGCGCUGUCUCUGACGAGAACGGUUUGUAUUUUGGUUCGAAGCCAUUGUGCUGCGAAGAGGGCCGCCAGUAUUCUUCGGAUGUUAUAUCUGACUACGAAAUGGAAAAGAGGCAUUUCAAACGGGAAGUUUCUGAACCAGUUCCAGAAAGGGGAUCAUAUGUUGCCAGCGACGGAUCGGUCUUUAGUUUCCAAGAUCGAUAUCAUAUGGACAUCGGCUUGUUAGAAGAUAUGGGCCUUCAAAUGGGAAUUCGUAAACGCUUCGAAACGUGGUUCUUCUUUGAAGAACAUAUGAUAAGUGAUAAUGGACUUACUCUUGCCAUGAAAUACAGAGAUUCUAUAACAGAAUGGUCAAUUCAAGCAAUAGGUAUAUCUGAACAUUACGGUGCCUGCAUCGCAGCUCCAAAAGAAGUCAAAGCCUUCAAAGAUUAUUUUAUUCAAGUCGAUCUUCCUUACAAAGUACUACAAAAGGAAAUGUUCAACGUUAAAGUUACAGUAUUCAACUUUAUUCCACAAGAACUUAGUGCUCGUGUCUACAUGAAAGGCGUAAGCAGUUUUUGUAAUGGCACCUCUCCUGGCCAACACUCACAACCGCAGCCUCUCACCUUGCCUCCGAACGGCGCAAGGACUUUGACGUUUCCCAUGAUACCCCUGAAAGCGGGAACAUAUCCAAUCACUGUGUCGGCAUUUGUGACGAACAGGCAUUUGCCAUUCGCAGACAUUGUGGAGAAACAACUUCUCGUUAUGAAUGAGGGUAUCUUGGAAAAAAAGAGCUUCACUGUGUGUCUUGAUCCGAAUUUCCAAAUGGAAAACUGCAUCCAAGGUCCCGAAGUGAAACGUACAGUGCAGCUCAAUGUUGAUAACUCACCGUCUGUGAAAAUGGAAGUCGAGCUCCCUUUGCCACCUUCUUCAUUGCCUGGAACGGCUAUUGUUAAUGCAUACAUUCAAAGUAAUCUGAUGGGUGAUCCGGUUUUGUGUGUACUGGUAGGUGUGGAUAAGAUGUUCAAUGAACCUCGAGGCUCUGGUGAAAACAUCAUGCAAUAUACAGCACCUAUUGUCUACGGAAUGUAUUUCUUGAAGCAAACAGGGACAAUGGAGGCAAAACACGAGGAAUCUGGCUAUAGAUACAUGCGAAAUGGGAUCACACGCCAACAAUACAUGUAUCAGAAAGACGACGGAUCGUAUGCAGCAUGGAAAGAACGUCCAUCAAGUUUGUGGUUAACAGCAUUUGUUGCCAAAGUAUUCUGCCAAGCAGAGCACCUUGUAAGAGGAAUGUCUGAUUUAAAUAGCCUGCAGAAAACUUUAGCAUACAUUUCUAAAAACAAUUUGGAAGGUUCUGGCGAUUUCCGCGACGAUUCUCCGGUGGUACACAAGGAAAUGCAGGGUGUGUUCGGUCAAGGCGAUACAAGAUCAGGUCCCUCGUUGACAGCGUUUGUUCUUAUCUCCUUGCAAGAAUGCACAGAACGAACUGUGGAGGUCCAGAAUUCCAUAAACCGAGCGGUGGCGGCACUUGAGAGAUUGCCAAUAAACUUAAGGAAGAACAAUCCAUAUCUUCUUGCAAUAUCAACAUACGCUUUAGCACUUGAUCAUGAUAGCAACAAGAAACAUGAAUUUAGAAAUGAUCUCUACGAAAUCAGACGAAACGAUGAAGGUCGCAUGUAUUGGUCUAAUAGCAGUGUUGCGGACUCAUAUGCAGUCGAGACAACGGCAUACGCCCUCCUUGCCUUUCUGAAAUUUGAUGACUUUAAAACAAGCCACAAGAUAGUCGCAUGGUUGAUGACACAGAGCGAUGCCAUUGGAAAAUGGCGUUCAACGCAAGCCACAGUGAUUGCCAUGCAAGCCCUAGCGAUAUACAGUGGGCGCACGUACUAUCUAUUGGACGACCUGAACGUUAUAAUUGAAAAGGGAAAAUGGCAUUACAGACAAAUUGUUAAUAGAGACAACUCCCUACUGCAGAUACUUAUUCCAGACCUGCCCGUACAGAUCGGUGACAAAAAGUUCGAUGUCACAGCUAGUGGACAAGGGUCGGGUAUAUUACAGAUUGACAUGUUUUACAACAGAAAAGCUCGGGAUGACGAAAUUUGCCCUUUCGAUAUCAGUGUAAUCGAUGUGCAACCCGUAGAUAGCGAUAUUGCUAAUAAUCCAAACAAGGAUCUCCUCAAAAGCAGAAAAUGCAAUGUGUGUGGAUAUUGUCAAGAACCUGAAAGUCUCGGACUUUGAUUCAGAUAUGGGCCGAAAUAAACGACAAGCAACGCAUAGAGCUCAACCCACGCAGACCUGUAUUCAGUUUUCAGUCAAAUCGAAGCGGUCCGCUUAUAACUCUAAUGACGCUGGUUUGUUUAUCGUUGAGGUCAACUUGGAGACAGGCGUUCGUGUUGUGGAAUCGGACUUGACUAAGAUGCAGUACGAAGGUGUGUUUCCUCGCUACGAGAUUCCGAAAGAUGGAAAAGGAUUCUUUAUCAUUUAUCUGGACAGUAUAGCGUCUGCUGAGACAAAACUUAUAUUCAGACUUGAGGACAAGUUUUCAAGCAAUGAUUCCAGCCGCCAACCGGCUUCUGUAAAGAUUUACGAUUACUACAAGCAAGGACGAUCUUGUAUAAAGCAGUACGUUAUUGGCUCAAAUCAUGGACAGGGAAUAAAAUACAUGUGUGAGGGCGGGAGCGAUCAGUGUCAAUGCAUAAAUAGUCAGUGUAUGAAGCAAGUGAAUCAAUAGCUCUUCGAAAUGGUCGUUAAAAUUUCGUCAGAGAAAGACGCUGUGAAAAGACGGAAACUUCGCAGACCAGUCGAAGCUCUGAUGGACUAUGCAUGCAACUUUGAAAAAGCUAACUUUGUUGUUAGAGUCAAAGUGACAAAAGUUGGUUAUAAUAGUAGAACGGAAGUUCAGUUUGCACGGGCUUUAAUCGAGGAAACAGCACUGCAAGGCGAUCAACUCAUGAGAGAGGGAGACGAUAUGGAAUUCGAAUGGCCCUUGACAUGUACACAGCCGGAACUGACAGUGGGUAAAACCUACUACAUCAUAGCGAAGGACGGGACUUCUUUUAAUGAAGGCUAUGGAAUGACGAGAGUGAGGUAUCAACUGACGGGCACGGCACUCGUGAUCGACCCUGAGUUCAAAUCGCUUCUUCGUAUUGUGAUGAACAAUUUCGUAAAAGAACUGAAGAAGAACAAUGGCUGCAAAAACUAAGCGUCGAAACAGUCACCAAAGACUUUGCUACAUUUGUUCGCAAUCAAUCGUUAUAUUGUAAUUAUAGUAUUCAUCGUACAUAUAAUCAAGCUGUAUUAUAAUCGGAUUUUAGAUAUAGGUCUUCUCCAUGCCCAAGCACUUAAGCCUAUGAAUCCUGAAUAUGAAGCAAAAAUAUUUAAGCACGCCUUUAUAUGGAAACUCACUGGGUGUUGUAUUUGACUGGCUUUUGACCAUCUGCUAUAUAUUGCAACCAAUUUAAAUGAAAUAAACUUAUUCGCAAAUUGA